AUGAGGUCUUCCGUAUCCGCUGCGUUGGCCACGAUAGUGGCUGGCGCAUUGGCUCAAAACAACAUGAGCUACUACGACUACACCGUCGAAGGCAAUCCUCAGCUCGACUCAAGGACUCUCGCAACGAUCCCUCUUGGGUUCCCAAGCUGUACAGAUUCGCCAUUGGCAGACACGCUGGUCUGCAACAAAUCCGCCAGCGCUUGGGACCGAGCUGCGGCCUUGAUCUCCAUGUUCACAAUGGAAGAGCUUGUCAACAACACCGUGAACACAGCUCCUGGUGUUCCCAGACUCGGCCUGCCACCGUACCAAGUCUGGAAUGAAGCUCUUCACGGCUUGAGUCACUUCUAUCAGCCAGAUGAGGGCGACUUCAUCUGGGUUACGGCGUUCCCUCAGCCCAUCACAUCAAUGGCGUCCAUGAACCGCAGUCUGAUCCACCAGAUCGGUUCCAUCAUUUCCACGCAAGGUCGCGCGGCCAAUAAUGCCGGUCUUUACGGCCUCGAUGUCUACUCACCCAACAUCAACGGCUUCAGAGCUCCUGUCUGGGGACGUGGCCAAGAGACCCCUGGCGAAGAUGCAUACUUCCUGACUUCGCUGUACGCUUAUGAGUACAUCACUGCCAUGCAAGGCGGUGUUGGCCCUGCGGUACCAAAGCUCGUCACCGUUGCUAAGCACUUUGCCGGCUACGAUAUCGAGACGUGGCGCAAUCACAGCCGUCUUGGUAACGAUGUGAACAUCACUGAACAAGACUUGGCCAGCUACUACACUCCGCAAUUCCGCACUGCCAUUUUGCAAGCCAAGGCCAAGGGCUUGAUGUGCUCUUACAAUGCUGUCAACGGCGAGGCAAGCUGUGGCAGCUCUUUCUUCCUCCAGACUUUGCUCCGCGAGACCUGGGGCUUCGGUGAUGGCUUCGUGUCCGGAGACUGUGGUGCUGUGUAUGGCGUGUUCAACCCGCAUCAUAACGCUGCUACUCGUGUUGGUGGCUCGGCUGCUGCACUGCUUGCUGGCACAGACAUUGACUGCGGAACUGAGUUUGCGUAUUACCUCGAGGAGGCUUUCACCCAGGGUAACGUAUCACGCAAUGACAUUGAGAAGGCUCUUACUCGUCUCUACUCUGGACUCGUACAGCAGGGGUACUUUGACGGUAAUGGCAGCAUGUACCGUGACCUGACCUGGGAUGAUGUCGUCAAGACAGACUCCUGGAACAUCUCGUACGAGGCUGCUGUUGAGGGCAUUGUGUUGCUCAAGAACGAUGGUACCCUUCCUUUGCACAACAACUCGAGCGUUGCCCUCAUUGGUCCGUACGCAAACGCAACAGAGCAGAUGCUGGGAAACUAUUUUACCACCCCACCUUACAUUAUCAGCCCGCUGGCAGCAUUCGAGGCUUCUGGCAGGACGAUUAACUACGCUCUCGGCACUGGUAUCUCGAGCAAUAACGAGACAUUCUUCGACGAAGCGCUUGAGGCAGCUCGCAAGUCUGAUGUGAUCAUUUUCGCUGGUGGUAUCGACAAUACUGUCGAGUCCGAGGCCUUGGACCGAGAGAACAUCACCUGGCCAGGCAACCAGCUUGACCUGGUCGAUCGAUUGAGCAAAUUGGGUAAGCCUGUCGUUGUGCUCCAGAUGGGUGGCGGUCAAGUCGACAGCACCGCGCUCAAGGGGAAUAAAAAUGUCAACUCUCUUAUCUGGGGCGGAUAUCCAGGCCAGAGCGGUGGCCAAGCUCUUUACGAUCUCAUCUCCGGUAAGCGCGCACCCGCUGGACGUCUCGUGACAACGCAAUACCCAGCCUCCUACGCCGACGACUUCUAUCAGCUCGACAUGGACCUUCGCCCCUCUGGUGACAACCCCGGCCAAACAUACAUGUGGUACACCGGCGAGCCAGUCUACGCCUUCGGCCAUGGCCUCUUUUACACUACCUUCGAAGAAAACCUUGCCAUGAACGCUUCCACUGGCGCCAGCAUCAACAUCACCGACUUCUUCAUUCAGCCGCACAGCGGCUACGAGUUUGUUGAGCAGAAACCACUUCUCAGUUUCCAGGCCAAGGUCUCGAACACCGGCGACGUUGCUUCGGACUACUCUGCCAUGCUCUUCGCGUCGACUACCAGCGGUCCAACUCCGCGUCCCAUCAAGUGGCUCGUGGGCAUCACCCGUGAGGCUGAGAUCGCUCCUGGCGGAGCCUGCACCGUCAAAUUCGACAUCCCAGUGGGCGCUCUUGCUCGUGCGGCAGAAAACGGUGACCUCAUCGUUUACCCUGGCGACUACUCACUUGCGCUCAACAAUGAGCGUUCCGUGGUGAUGAACUUCACCCUGACUGGCGAUGCGAUCACGAUCGCACACUGGCCUUCUAAGAUUGAGACCGGAGGAGCUUGA